GCCGUUGACGGAGCCGGACGCAGCUCAUCGCGCCUCUGGUCUGGAAUAAUUGAUCUGUUAUCCAUUUGGUAUCGUGUAAUUGUGCAGUUUUGUGUCUGAAAAGUAAACUAAAAAACAAUUGCAAGAUUUACACAUCAAGAAGCGGAGAAAAAUAAUCGGUGAAGUGAUAAGUUAUACUCUCCAGAUAAUAAUUAUAGCUCGUUUGGAUAUAAUUCGUUUCUAUAUAAAUAUAUACAAAAGAAGCUGUCUGCCGAGAUGUCGUCGACUAGCCUGAUUUGCUUUGGCCUCCUCUUCCUGUACUCUGUCACCCAUGUGACGUCACAGCGGACGUCACUGGACGUGGCCUUAAAAAACUCCUACCGUCCGCUGCGUCUUCUGGGCCUGGCCUUCACCGGGAGAUCUGGCGAUGAUCCACAAAACGUGCAGCGCGUACGAAUGGCAGGGAAAACCCAAAAAUCGAAUCCCCGCACCCGAGCUCUUUUGGAAUUCUGCGAUGCCGAGCACGGACCCGGCAGACGAAGCCAGGAGAGACCAACCAGCGUGCACCGCCUCCGGCCCGGAGACAUUGAUGUGAUUGGGGCCAUGGGCGACUCGCUGACCGCCGGAAAUGGUAUCUUUGCUACAAACCUGCUGCACGUGACCGUUGAGAACAGGGGUGUGGUGUGGUCCAUUGGGGGGCAGUAUGACUGGCGCAAGUACCUGACGCUGCCCAACAUCCUUAAGGAGUUCAAUCCGAAUCUAUAUGGGUAUGCCAUAAAGGAUGGGCUCUCCACGGAUCGUACUUCCCGCUUUGAUGUCGCCGAACUGGCUGCCAUGUCCCGGGAUAUGCCUUACAUGGCCAAGGUUCUAGUACGUCGCAUGCAGCGCGAUCCUAACGUGAAUAUGACCGCCGACUGGAAGCUGGUCACGAUCUUCAUUGGCAACAAUGACUUUUGUGCGGACAUCUGCUAUUAUCCGGAGCCGGAGCGAACGGUCGAGUGGCACGAGCGAAACAUGUUGAAGACCUAUCGUUAUCUAAGAGACAAUGUGCCUCGUUUGGUGCUGAACGUGGUGCCUGCCCCCAAUCUGAGGUUCCUCACAAAUCUGUCGGGUUUGCCGCCCAUUUGCACCAGCACCCUACGCUUCGAGUGUCCCUGCCUGGUGGGCAAAAGCAAGUCCAAGCUGGACUACAUGGAGAGCAUCAUGAAGCGUUGGAUAGCCAAAGACAUGGAGAUAGCCAACAGAGAUGAGUUCAACACGGAGACCUUUACAAUCAACGUGCAGACAUUCUCGCAGUUUCAUGACUUCCCCCGCACGCGUUCCGGUCAGACGGACACCAGGUUCUUCUCGGAGGACUGCUUCCAUCUCAGUCAGCGUGGUCAUGCCGCCGCGGCUAAUGCCAUUUGGAACAACAUGCUGGAGAUGCCGGGCGAGAAGAGCGGUUUUGCCACCCAACUGUUCGAGACCUUUCGCUGCCCCACCGCACAGCGUCCAUAUCUCAUCACCAGGGAGAACAGUCGUCCGGACUUUGUGAUAUAAUAUAAAGUGGGGCCUGUUCUCCCCUGUGAAUUACUCCCUGUGAUAUUGCGCCUAAGUCUUCUUUCCACGAUUUGCGUAUAUUUUUGUAGCUUAAAUUAGCGAGAUGUUAAGUGUAAAUAUUUGAUGAUAAUGAGAAAGUCAAAUAAAUGAUAAUCAUGAUUUUA